AUGAUUAAAUUGCCAAAAGCUGAAGACAUUGUCUUAGCAGAUUAGUAUAGAAAUAAAGAUUCUUUGAGAUUAUAUAUUUAAAUUAAGAGCGAAAAUUAGCUAUAUGUUUCAGAAGAAGAUCAAAUUGUGCUAGAAUAAAUGAUGAGCUGCUAAAUUGAAGAAUUUUAUUUAUAAUUUGAGAAAGAAUUCGAAAUAUAUAGUAAAAGAGGUAACACUUAUUUAAAAAUAAAUAGUAUAAGAAAUUAGUCAGAAAUUGAAAAAGUUUUCAUAGCAGCACUUAACUCUAGUAAUUCAUUUAAUUUUGAAAUUGAUAAAGAUUUAGUCAGCCUUCCCAAAAUUGAUAAAUUUAUGCAUCUACUUCUCAAAAGUUGUAUCUUUGUUGACGAAUACAAGUUAGUUAUUAAAAAAGAACACAUAUUAGAACAUUUCGUUAAAAGAGGUAUUAUUGAUUAUACUCCUUAUGUUUAAAGUUUUAUUAAAACUUGCCCUGCUACGAUACAGCUAGUAGCAUUUUACAAAUAUUACUAAGGCUAAAUUUAAUUUAAGCCAUUAAGAAUCUUAUAAGACAUGAAUUCCUGA